AUGGCAGUGCUGCCGCAGGUCAUCUACCAGCGAAAGCCCAAGCCGAAGUCACAGGCGCAGCCUCGGUGCUUCCCAGUGGUGGAGCAGUUCCUGGAAAGGGAGGCCGUGUCUUGCCGAAGAGUCUUCGUGGAGCGCACCUUCCUGCACAUUCAUCAGGACUUGGGGCAGCCGGCCAAGCGGCGCAGGCUGCGAAAGGAUGGCUCGCGCCAGCCAGAGGCUGCCUGGGACGAGUACUUGCGCACCAACGGGCUGGAGGGGUGUCUGGCGCAGAGCUUUCUGUGGCGCAAGGGGAAGGAGCUGAUCUUUGCCGUGGUGCCGUACCCAUGCCGCCCCGAUGUCCAGAGGCUGGCGGAGGUGCUUCAGCUGCCAGCAGACGAGCUGAGCCCAGUGAAGCUCAAGGAGGUGCAGCGUAUCACGCGGCUUCCCCUCUUUGUCUGCUUGCCCUUCGGCGUCCCAGAGACUGCCCGAGUGGUGGCGGAUGAGCAGCUGGCCUCCGAGACGGAGCUGAUCUUCGACUCGGGCAACGUGGCGCUGCUGAUGAGCGCGGCGGAGUUCGGCAGGUCUGUGAAGCCGCUGUUUGGUCGCAUCACCGCGCUGCCUGCGGAGCCUGCGGAGCCUGCGGAGCCUUCGGAGCCUGCGGAGCCUUCGGAGCCUUCGGAGCCCGCGGAGCCGGCGGAGCAGCCUUCGGGCCGCGCCUGGGUUUGGAAGGAAGCGGCCCAGCCUAAGUACCACGAGGACACGAGCCCAGAUGUGCAAAUAAAGCAGACACGCUUGAACGAUUCAUACAGCCUGGCCUCCUAUUCUCAAAUGUGCGACAUCGAGCGCGGUCUUCUGAUGCUCUGGAUCAUGCUGGCAAACAUGACGUUGAAGACCAGAUAUUGGGCUCUACUUGCGCCGCAGAAGCUCUGUUCAUGCCUCACAGGAGGCAGAUUGGCGCGCCUUCAAAGUUGCAUCUCCGAUGUAGGACGGCCUGACCACAAGUGCGUUUGGCAGGCCAAUGGAGCUCGGCGCAAGAGGGAGUUCGAGGUGGGCGCCCGAAGCAGCUUCGAGAUGCCCGAGCAGCGGCUGGCAAGGCUGCAGGCGGAGGUCUCGGAGCUGCUCAUCUACGCGGAGAAGUCUGCGGCCAAGGACCCGGCGGCCGCCGAGCUCCUGGGGGCCGACCCUGGCGCGAUGUCCACAGAGCUGAAGGUGCUGGAGCAGCGCUUGGGCGCCCUUGCGGACGGGUCCACCGCGUGGGGCAGAAGCAGCAACCGGCACCAGGCGGGUGGCUACGCGAUGCCGUCGUCCCUGGUGAGCCAGUUGGAGCGCCUCGCGGGGGGCGAGGCUCAGGAGGUGGCCGACGGGCAAGUGACCUACGAGAUCAACUACGCCCCCAGCGCGGCCAGCAUCAACGAUGGUGCGAAGAUCGCGGCGAUGGAGAGCAGCGUGGCGGAGAUCGAAAAGACGCUUGGGGUGCUGCAGCCUCAUCCCUUCCCCGAUCUUCAGACGGCCAUCGCGCAGCUGUCGAAGCGGGUCUCUCUGCUGGAGAAAAAUGGGAAGAUUGACACCAUGAACCGGGGCCUAGAGAAGGUUGCCAAGGAGGUGGACCAUCUUCUCACCAAGAAGGCGGAGCUGGAGGGCACCUCGGACAAGGACCUGGACCUGAAGGUGAGCCAGCUCUAUGACUUCUGCCAUCGCUGGAGUGCCACGGCAGCCUCGCUGCCUCUCAUCGUGUCGCGGCUCCAGUCGCUGCAGGCGCUGCAUCUGCAGAGCGCCUCCUUCGCCUCGCGCCUCGCGGCGCUGGAGAAGCAACAGGAGGAGCUGACCAGAUUACUGGAGACGACUUCUGAGGCUGUUCAGGACCUGAACGCUGGACUCCAGGAGAACAUGACCAUUGUACGAGACAACAUGCGCAGCUUGGAGGACAAGAUCAUGCAGGCUGUGCGCGGCUAG